AUGCGGCCACCGAGAGGGCGCGGCGGCGGGGGCCGGUUCGGCGGUGGUGGAGGCCGGGGCGGCGGCGGCGGCCGGUUCGGCGGUGGAGGCCGCGGUGGCGGCGGGGGGCGGUUCGGCGGCGGGUUCCGCGACGAGGGCCCACCCGCGGAGGUCGUCGAGGUGUCGACGUUCCUGCACGCCUGCGAGGGGGAGGCGGUGACGAAGCUCACCAACGAGAAGGUGCCCUACUUCAACGCGCCCAUCUAUCUGCAGAACAAGACCCAGAUCGGCAAGGUCGAGGAGAUCUUCGGCCCCAUCAACGAAUCCUAUUUCUCUGUGAAGAUGAUGGAUGGGAUCAUUGCAACAUCAUACAAGGAAGGCGACAAGUUCUAUAUCGACCCAAUGAAAUUGCUCCCUCUCUCGCGCUUCCUGACGCAACCAAAGGGACAAUCUCAAGGAGCACCUAGAGGUGGCGGCCGUGGUGGAAGGGGUGGUGGCCGAGGCCGUGGGGGUGGUUCUUUCCGUGGCGGCAGAGGACCACCAAGGGGUGGUGGCAGAGGUCGGGGUGGAGGUCGUGGUGGUUUUAGAGGGCGAGGCAGGUUCUAG